UUUUUUUUUUUUUUUUUUUUUUUUCAUUUUGAUCUAUUUUUUCUCUCUCUCUCUCUCUCUUUCUCUCCCUCUCUCUCUUUCUAACAACAACAAUGGCGGAUUACACGGAUAUUGAUUUCGACUCGCAGCAGCCGCUCGACGACUUUGACUUUGUGGACGAGACGGUCGUCGGCUCAAAGUACCAGUCGCAGCACAGCCAGCACGACGCACCGCCGGAAUCCGAGUGGUUCCAUGGCCCGUCCGGUCGCGAGGAAGCCGAGAAGGUCUUGCUCAAGAAGGGUCGCGAGGGCUCGUACCUCAUCCGCGAGUCUGUGCGCGACCCUGGCGAUUACUCGCUUUCCUUCCGGAUUUCAACCGGAAUCAAGCACUUCAAGAUCAUCAACGAUUGGGGUGACUUUUACAUUGGCGGCCGCCGCUUCCACUCGCUCGGCGAUCUGAUCAGCUACUACAUGGGCACGUUCUUGACUGGCAAUCUCUGCCUCAAGUACCCUGUUCCCCCGGAAACGGCCUCGAGCAACGUUUCGGGCCUCCGCAACACAGUCCUCGCGCUGUACAACUACACCAAGUCGUCCACCGACGAACUCUCCUUCGUCCAAGGCGAUGUUCUUGCCGUCCUCAACAACGACGAUCCCAGCUGGUGGUGGGCGCGCAUCGAGACUGGCCCUGCUGCUGGUUCCGUCGGUUUUAUUCCGAGUACACUUGUCCAACUGAUUGAGAAGGUCGUGCCGCCCCGCGAAAAGUGGUUCCACGGCAAGAUCCCUCGCAAGGAUGCCGAGACGAUGCUUGUGCAGCAGGCUCAUGAUGGCGCCUUCCUUGUUCGCGAGAGUGAAAACCAGCCUGGCGACUUUUCGUUGUCCUUCCGUGUCGGCAACGUGGUCAAGCACUUCCGUAUCGAAUCGUCUGGCCGUCAAUACCUCUGCGGUGGCCGCACCUUCUCUUCGAUUGACGAUGUCAUUGCCCGCUAUCUCCGCGAGCCCCUUACGGACAACCGCACGCUGGUGGAGCCCUUCCCUCCGCAAGCCAAGGUCGAGUCUAUUUAUGCCGCGGUCGACCGCCCCGCCGUGAUGCAGGUCGCGCAGCAGAUUGCCAAGCAGAUGACGCCGCAGUUUGCCGCGCCGCCGCCAGUACCGUCGCGUCCUCAGGCGGGUUCGACCACCACAACGCGCGCCACGACGUACAACCGAUGCGGCUACCUCGUGCGCAAGUCCCGCAAAUCCAACAAGAAGUGGAAGAAGCUGUACUUUGCGCUCAUGGGUGCGAAAAAGCGUUUGUACUUUUUCGAGUCUGAGAACGCCCUUCGCCCCAAGGGUAUCGUUGAUUUGACCAUGUCGACAGUCCAUUCGCUGCACUCGACCUUCUUUGGCCGCCCGAACUGCUUCCAGAUCAUCACCAACACGAUCGACGCGCUGAAAACGUACUACCUGUGCGCAAACACGGAAGACGAGCAGCAAGGCUGGCUGGACUCGCUCAAAGAGUUUUGUGGCCACGACUCGGGCCGUCGCCCCGUCCCUGGUGAAGAAGCCAUUGAAAUUAAGAGCUUGCAGCUCGGCGUCAUGGAGGCCCGCGACCUGCCCUCCAAGAUUUCGCAUCCGUACUGCCUCAUCAGCCUCGACAACGUCAACCAGGCACGCACGCAGAUCAAGACUCGCGCCCAGCCAAUGUGGGUCGAGGAGUUUACCUUUGAUGACAUUCCGGCCUCGUGCUCGACCGCCUCCAUCGUCGUCAUCAACAAGAACAAGCUGCAAAAGGACGUGGAGAUGGCCAAGUUUGUGCUCGACCUCGACAAGGUUCGCGGCGACAAGCCCGUUGAGGCCUGGUACGACCUCAAGUCCAUGGACGACAAGGACAAGGAAAAGCUCGGUGGCAUCCGCAUCAAGGCGCGCUUCAGCAACGAGCUCAUUCUUCCUUUCAGCGAGUAUCUUGACAUCAAGUCACUGUUGAUGCAUCCCGACAUGCAGGCCAUCCAGGCCAUCGGAAGCGUCGGCAAGGAGCGCGAGGAGGUUGCCAAGACGCUCCUUCGCAUCUUCCAAGCCGACAACGCGGCCACCGAGCUCGUUCGCAGCCUCAACCGACUUGAGGUGAACUCGACAGACGACCCGAAUACCAUUUUCCGUGGUAAUUCUCUGGCCACCAAGACCAUGGAUCAGUUUAUGAAGAUGACUGCUAUCAGCUACCUUCACGGCAUCAUUGGCGACAUUGUGAAGGAGAUUUUCGAAGACAAGCAUUCCUGCGAGAUGGAUCCCACUCGUCUGCCCAAGGGAACGGACUCGAAAGACAAUCUGAAGCGCCUGCUCCAUUGGCUCCAAUCGAUUUGGGACGCUGUUCAAAAGUCUAUUGACGACUGCCCGACUGAGCUUCGCGUUGCCUUCCAUAGUUUGCAGCAGGAUGUCGUGUCUCGUUUCCCCCAAGAUCAAGUGGUCAGGUAUUCUGCCGUCAGUGGUUUUAUCUUCCUCCGUCUUAUCUGCCCUGCCAUUCUCAAUCCCAAGCUGUUCAACAUGAUGGCUGAUCAUCCUUCCGAGCAAACGUCGCGCUCUCUGACACUGAUUGCCAAGUCCAUUCAAAAUCUUGCCAACUUGGUCGAAUUCAAGUCCAAGGAGCAGUUUAUGACGCCAGUGAACGACUUUAUUGUUCACAACCGAGACGCCAUGAAGCGUUUUAUCGAUCAACUUUCGACCAUGCCCGAGUAUCCCAAAUCGUUCGCCCGAGUUGCUCCAGUCAACCCCGCUCGCGAGUUGGCCUCCAUCUAUCGCUACAUUGUGCGCAACAAGGAAGCUGUGCAGAAAUACGGCGUGGACAACCCGAGCGCCGCGUCUGUCACGGAUGCCCUUAUUUCGACUUGCAACCGCAUCGCCAAUCGCGAAAAGUCGUACAUGAACACGGAGCCCACCUAUCAGAACUUCUCCAACUAAGCGUUGCCGUGUGAUCUUUGCCCUGCAACGUCUUUUGUCCCAGAGUUUGGUUUCAUGUGGAGCAAGAGUGUUAGUUUUGGGCGGCAUGUGUGUGCAUUGUUCCGCGACUGUCCCAUCUUUUUGUUUCUUUUGUCUUGCUUCUUGUCGUCCAUUGGUCUUGUUUUGCUUCUGUUUUACUGUCAUGUGAUGUUCAAAUGCAACGGGUUUUUCCCCCA